AAGCAAUUGUGGAUAGCCACAAGCGAAAGGUUCUUAGUUUGCAUCCAAUUGUAAAGGAAAUCUUCGUCCCCAAGCAAAUUACAGCUGCGACAGUUUUAAAGAAGAAAUUAAGAAAUUUCUCCCUAAAAUUGAUCGUCUUUCCUCUUGCUCUAAACACUACUCCGAAGACACUCUCAAUUUUUCCUCUCUCUGCUCUCCAACUUCAAUGGCGAAACUAAAGAUAGCAGGGACAUGGGUAGGUGUUCUGGAGGUAGAAUUGCAGAAUUGGACGGUUUCCAUGCUCAGACAGGAAGUUGCAAAGCGAUCAAACAUGGGUACUCACUCAAUCAAUUUAAUAUGCGCUGGCAAAGUCUUGAAAGAUGGUGAUGGCAGUGAAAAGCUUUGUCAAUUGGGUAUCAAAAACAACUCUAAGAUUCUUGUUACUCGAGUCUUUUUAGAGGAGGGUAACUCGUUGAAAGAGGAAUUAAUGGCCGAUGAAGAACGAAACCGUAGACUCGCUCGAGUCAAAGCAGCUGUCACUGCAUUGUCCAAAAGACAUGCAGAUGGUUCGUUGCCAAUUGAGGAUUUCAAUUUAGAACUUGAAGAUCAAAGUGGGCAGAAAUUGCACUUUUCUGAGACUGAUCAACAAGCAAUAAUGAUGGGUCUGAUGCUUCAUGCAAAUGGAAAGGGGCUAAUUAGAAGGCAAAUGUUUAAAGAUGCGUUAGAAGUGCUCACUAUGGGAGAGGAAGCUUUCUCUUUAUGCAAUCCCAAGUCUAUUGAACUUGUUGACAAUAUCCCAAUACUGCAAAUAGACAUGGUGUGGUGCUAUUUCAUGCUCCGUGACAUUGCCUGGCUCUCAGUGGCGGGGGUACGCCUUGAAAAGGCUAGAGAAGGACUUGAACAUGCUCAUGGCAAGGAUUCUUCCCGUUUUAGACUCCUUCAAGCAGGUCGCUCUUCAGAGCUUGCUCUAUAUUUGAGACUAGAGCUGUUGGAAGGAGUUGUGGCAUAUCAUAGUGGCCAGUUUGAUAAAUGUAGGAGGUUUUUGACCUCUGCACAAGCAAGAUUCUUCCAGUUACAAGUGUCAGAUGAAGCCUUAUCAACUGUUAUGAGCAUGGGCUUUAAGGAACAAGAUGCAAAGAAGGCACUGAGAAUGAGCAAUCAGGAUGUUGAAAGUGCCAUUAAUUUUCUUGUUGAGGAGAAAGAUAAGAAAGGAAAGAAACGGGAGGAUGACAUUCGUCGAAGAAAUGAAAUUAGGGAGCAACAACGUUAUGGAGUGACACCCUUAAGGAAAGCUGUGGAUCUCCAGAGAUUGAAAGAGUUGAUCUCUGUUGGGUUUGAUAAAGAGCUUGCUGCUGAAGCUCUACGAAGAAAUGAAAAUGACACUCAGAAGGCAUUAGAUGACUUGACAAAUCCAGAAACUAAUACAGCCAUCCAGCGCGAUAUUGAAUCAAAGAAAAGAAAAAGACAACGACAAAAAGAUGAGGCUACAAUUGAGCAGCUUGUAUCCAUGGGUUUUGAAAGAUCAAGAGUGGUUGAAGCUGUUCAAGCUGGUGGCUCGAUGGAUCAAGCAAUGCAACAGUUGCUCACACAAUCAAGUUCUAACCCAACAGAUCCUGCUAACAGUACAAUUUCUCCUGGGUUAAUACCUACCAACAAUGAGGGUAUGGGCGAAGAUCAUAUGAGCAAUGAUAGUGAUGUUGGAGGUCCAUCUACCAGCAAAAUUGAACAGAGGGAUGCAGAGAUGGAAGAUGAAAUCGCAGAUGAAAUAGCAAAAGGAGAUGCCUUGACUGACUAUGACAUUGAAGUAACAAAAGAAGGCGAGGCCAUAAAUGAGUAUUUAGCAUUGCUGGAUUCUGUUGGCAGUAGUGAGAAAGCUUCUUCGCAGUGAGAAGGAACUGGCUAAAACAAUGAUGCAAAAUGCAACUCUUGUGAAUAGAGGUCAAUACCUAUAAUCUCUAGCUUGUGGUUUAGAAUUCACGAGUUGAAAGUAAUACAAGUAGCAAAGCUCUUACCAUCAUUACAGAACCAAAAGCAAUUAAAUGCUUAUUGAGAAAUCAAAAUGGUAGUGCAUGUCCUAACCUUUCAUAUUCUGUUUUCCAACUUUUAGAGUUUGGAUGUGGUUAUUUCAUGGUUUGGAAAAGCUCAACUUAAUGCUGUGAGGUUCAGAAUAUUACACCCACCAAAUCAAAUGAUGCCUGGAGGAAGUUUUGCUCUUAAUAAAUUUCUUUGUUCUCCAACAAGAAGGCUGCAACCAUUUUCUUGCACUGUCAAUGACUUCGGCAGAGGAAGAUUUCUUGCACAUGGAGAGUUGGAUGAGUCGUAUCUCUUGUUCUGCUCAUUUCCCCUUAAAUUAUGGUAUAUGAAUAUGUAUUUAAGCCACUAGGGUCUUUGUCAUACAAAGUUGUUUAGCUUGAAUCUUGAUGAUGAUUUUACUUGGUAGUGCAUACUGAUUGGGUUUAUCAGACUUGUUUGCAUAGCAAUAAAUUUCUUCUAAACUGAAAA